AACUUGAACCAAUUACAUCGAGCGUUUAUUUAUUCUUUGUCCCGCCCGGUUUAUCAACGGGCUUAUCAGAUGAAUUUUGAGCUCAAAUAUCGUCAAGCAAAUAGCAAAUAGCAAAUACGACAUCUCCAUAAAGCUCAAAAGGGUUAUUCCUUACGUUCGCAUCAACUAAAACGACGAACAAGGCCAAAGUCGCUGUCAUCCAUCCUUAACAACUUUACGAUCUCUCACUCUAUCGGCUCGCUUCUCGUCGAAUAGCAUUGCCCAUCAUGUUCGCCCUCUCGGAAGAAUCCAAGGAGCGCAUUGGAAAGAUAAUUGAAAUCGGACGAGUCGCAAUGCACUACGGCUACCUGCCUCUGAUACUCUACUUAGGCUACACGCGCAGCGACCCACGUCCUUCGAUCAUCAAACUGCUGUCUCCUCUCUCGUAGUAUGUCAUGGCGAGGCGUAUACUAGAAGAAUCUCUGUAUUACUACUACUUCUGCUGCUUCGGCAAACACUAAGCUUUCGUUCAUGGUUAUGACCCUGAGGACGUCGGUAGACAUUUCGAGGCCUUACAGUGCAAGGGGGUGGCGUUCAUGAAAAGUCCAUGAUAUAUCCGUCUAUGCGAUGCCGCUUGGUGGCGGCUAUGUAAAGUAUAAUGAAUAAAGAAACUCUUAUACCACUUACACCGAUAUAUUGUCUCUAUAUUCUCAUACUUUACGUGCGAGUGGGCGAGUGGUCUGUUUUCUAAUGAAGUAGCGCCUAGUCUCGUUUCCCUCGAAAUGGAGUAGAGCUAACAGUAUCUGGCUACGAAUAUGGGAAAUUAAAUGGAAGAUGCGACGUCAAACCUGCUGACAUUGCCACCGAGAGCAAAGGAUUUCGUUAGUACUGAGGCUAGCUGUGUUCCGCUGCGAUCGCGAAGUGUAAUACUUACGCACCUUUCACCACCGAGUUUCGCUAAAAAUAGCGAAUUAAGACAAACAGCUUCAACGAAUAAAUUAUAAUAAUCAA